GGCGAUUUUGGUAUAAGUAAAAUAAUGGGAACUGAAACGCGAAUGCAAGGAGCUCAAACAGUCGUUGGCACUCCAUAUUACAUAAGCCCUGAAAUGUGCGAAGGGAAACCGUACAAUGAAAAGAGCGAUAUCUGGGCACUGGGUUGUAUUUUAUAUGAAAUGAUGUGCCUGCAGAAAACAUUCGAGGGUACCAAUCUGCCUGCCUUGGGAGAGUAUGACCAAGUUCAGGGCCCGUACAGUGAAGAGUUGAAAUUGCUUAUCCGAGAAAUGCUCAAACUUGAUCCAGAACAGCGGCCAACAGCAAAAGAUGCCUUAAAUAUGAUAAGAAAGAAGCAAUUUGACGGUGCAAAGAAUAAGAAUACGACCGAAUUCUCAGAUGGUCUUCUGAACGAAAACAUCGCACAGACUUCAACCAGAAGCGCCUUAUAUAAAUUUGAUGUUACUAAUAUCACUUUGAGUCCAGCUGUGCCAAUGCCAACUAACAUAAAAAUCAAACAGGUAGCACUCAGCGAACGCCAUCACCUGCUAGUGACAGCCGACAAAAAUGUUUAUGCAUGGGGUGAUAAUGACCAUGGUCAAUUAGGUUUGGGUGAUCGCAUCUGUCGCACACAACCAAUCCUUAUUGACAGUCUUUCCGGCAAAUCUGUAUCUAAAGUGGCGCUCGGUGCAACAUUCAGUUUGUUCUGCACUGAACGCGGUACGGUUCUCUUUUGUGGCAACGUCAAAUAUUGCGGUGACGGUUGCAAAGAUCAUGAUGUAUUGAAGCCAGCAUUGGUUGACGCAUUACUGAGGGUUGAUGUUAUAGAUGUUGCAUGUGGUGAUGAGCAUGCCGUCGUAGUUGCUGAUGAUGGAAAAGUAUUUGUGUGGGGUAGUGGUAUGAAUGGACGUUUAGGCACGGGCAACACUGAGUUUGUUAGUACAGCUACACAGAUUGCAAUCCCGACACAACAGAUGGUGGUGAACGUUAGGUGUGGUCCAGAUGCAACGGUUCUUUUGACGGAUUGUGGAUCAAUCAUAGCAAUGGGCUCAAACCAUUGCAACAAGCUCAGUUUGAAUCAUCGUGAAGGUUUCUUCUCGAACGUCAACACAUCAGUGGUGGCUGUUGAAGAAGCAUUGACACCAACGUCAGUAAAGGCAUUUUCGUCCCGGGUUGUUGACAUUCGUUUAGGAAGGCGGCAUAGUGGAGUUCUUCUCGAAUCUGGAAACAUCCAUCUGUUCGGUGAAAACACUAAUGGCGAACUGGGAUUGGGCCACAAAAAUCCUGUCUCUGGAACACAUCGUCCAGUGAAGUCCCUUCUUUCAAAAACAUGCCUUAUGAUCGAAUGUGGUGAUGGCUUUUCAAUGGCUGGUACAACAGACAAUGAAUUAUAUUUUUGGGGAUCAAAAGGUCACCAAGUCCGCAGUAGACUGACUGUCGAAGAUUUAGAAAUAACGUGUUCUAUAAACAGACCGGUUGAAUCGGCAAUAUUUAUGCUGCUUUUCGAUGGCUCUUUCCAUCCAGCAAUACUCGUAUUUAGCGCGUUUAGAGCUGAAGAAAGAGAAGUGAAGUCGGCAUUGGUAUCGAAACGACCCAGGAAGGGUGAGGACGUGUCCGAAUCUUUAGAGAAUCUUUUACUGCAACCAUCAAUUGUGCUUAGGUUGGAAGCAAACGACAUUAAAAAGACUUUUAUCACUCUGAGUGGCCUGGUGUGCUGGAAACGAAAUGUGAUGAUUAUAAUUGAGACAUCUUUGCUUCAUGAACUGAAAAAAGGGUUGGUUGGUCGGAAAACUUUUUUCAGUCUUUCAAUUCAUCAUUCAGUACGUUUUAAAAGCAAUCGCAGCGGUAUUCCACGUUUGCGUAAUCACUUUCGUCGUAUCUCAGCACCUGAACUCAACAACGAGGCUAGCCACGUUGAAACGUGGAUCCAGCGUGAACUAGAAGAAGCUGAAGUUUUGCCGAUUAAUUUCAAACAUGAGCAAACGCAACACAUGCAAACGAGGAGUUUAACUGGAUCGCAAGAAAACUCAUGCGUUUCACCAGGCACGCCAUUGGCUCAAUCACCUAAAGUAUCCGAUUGUCAACUACUUGCUGAUAUAGAUAAUUUGAGGAAGCAAAUAGACAGUGGCCAGGAGAAGAAAAUAUUCGAACUACAGGUAAGCUGCUUAUCAAUUUUAAGUAAGUGCAUACUUAAAGAAUUGAUGAAGCAACAUCCGGCUCAAAAACUCCCUCCAAAUCAGUGGUUCUCGUGUGGGGAAACUACUUCCGGGGGUAAUUUGGGAGUGUAA